AUGGGGGUUGUCAGCUAUUCAGGAUUUGUGGACAGAUCCUGCGCAAACCUGGCGGCCAUGCAUUACAUGCUGCACAAUGAGGCAGGGAUGAUCAGAACUGAGCAGGAGGAGUUUUUCAUUGAGCCCGUGGAAACGGGAAAUCAUGUGACUGAGCAGGAGGAAGAGGAUGGUGGCCGUUCUCACAUUGUGUACCGUUCUGCUGCCGUGAAGAAGCCUCCUGUUAGCCCACAAGCUGCAGAUUUUCACUCCAAAGGAGCUGAUGUUGGGGGACUGUUGGACCUUGAGACUCUGUAUUCGGGUGUUGAACGCAGUAUUAACCAGAGCCGACGAGCCCGCAGACAGCUGCACCGAACGAAAGCAUACUACAUUGAGAUUUAUCUGACCAUUCUCUCGGGGGCACUAAUAAAUGUGGUGCUAGUUCGGAUCGUUUUGGUCGAUGCCAAAAAAUCUAUGAGCCUCAUUGAGCUGGGCAAUCCUUCUCAGAGUCUGGAGAAUGUGUGUCGCUGGGCUUUCGAACAGCAGAGGAAGGACACUAACGAUAAGGAGUACCAUGAUCACGCCAUCUUUCUCACUCGGCAAGAGUUUGGACCCACAGGGAUGCAGGGUUACGCCCCUGUCACAGGCAUGUGUCAUCCCGUACGGAGCUGCACUCUCAACCAUGAGGACGGUUUCUCGUCUGCUUUUGUCGUGGCACAUGAAACCGGACACGUUGUGAGUAUCUGCUAAAGUAUGUUGGGGAUGGAGCAUGAUGGGCAGGGGAAAUCGUCCUGUGGAGAUGAGGUACAGAUGGGGAGCAUCAUGGCCCCACUGGUGCAGGCUGCUCACCACGUCUUCCACUGGUCCGCUGCAGUCCAACAGGAACUGGGCCGCUACCUGCAUUCGUAUGAUUGUCUCCGUGAUGACCCGAUCGAGCCCAAAUGGGAGGAGCUUCCGCACCUGCCCGGGAUGGAUUACUCCAUGCACGAACAGUGUCGCUUUGAAUUUGGGGCCGGAUACAUGAUGUGCGCACACUGCAAAAAGGUGGGGCAAUCAGGAGCCCAGUAUCGCCCCUUUGACCCUUGUAAGCAGCUUUGGUGUGCUCACCCAGACAACCCCCUUCUUCUGCAAGACCAAAAAGGUCCACCUAUUGAUGGAACAAAAUGCUAUGAUGGGAAGCACUGUUUCAAGGCAACUGUAUUGCAUCUAACUCCAGACAUCAUAAAACUGGACGGAAAUUGGGGGGACGUGGAGUGAGUUGGCGCCUGCUCUCGCCCCUGUGGAAGGGGACUACAGUUUCGCACCCGAGAUUGUGACAAUCCGCUUCCAGCUAACGGUGGACGUACUUGCUCCGGCCCAGGCUAUCAGUUCCAGAUGUGUAAUACACAUGAGUGCGACCUGUACCAUGACUACAGAGCCGAGCAAUGUAGCAUGAUGGACAACAAGUUUGAGUACCAGAAUACCUGGCACCACUGGCUGCCUUAUGAACACUCCGACCCUAAGCAACGCUGCAAAUUGUACUGUCAAUCCAAAGAGACGCGAGCUGUAGUCAACAUGCAGACUCAGGUGGAACCUGGAACACGCUGCUCCUACAAAGAUCCCUACAGUGUGUGCGUGUACGGAGACUGUGAGGUAAAUAGCUGUGUUGGGCCUGUGAUAAUGUGGGUUGGAUCAGGUCUACAGGAAGAUAAGUGCGGUGUCUGCGGGGGAGACGGAACCAAGUGCAAGACUCACAAGUUUAACUUCACCUUUGUAGAGAAGAAAGGUACGUUCAUUAAAGUGCUUGAAGUUCCCAGAGGGGCAAGACAUCUCUUAAUUCAGGAACUUAAUGGAACUACUCACAUUUUAGCUGUCAGGAAUAAAGCGUCAGGUGAUUUUUUUCUCAACGCACGUGGAGACUACCCAGAGACACGCUCAGUGAUUGAGAAAGGUCUGGAAUGGGAGUAUGAAAAUAAAAACAACAAGGACACCAUUCAAACCAGCGGACCCUUGAAAAACGAUGUGGUUGUCAUGUUCCGAAUGCAUGGAUCGGCCAAGGUGAAGGUGUCGACAAAUUACAUCACUGACAGUGACAGACUGAGCGACGGUGCCAAUGAGAAAUACAUGGUCCCUGAUAAUGCGGUGCCAUACUCCUGGGUGGUGAAGAGAUGGACACCUUGUUCCAAGACCUGUGGAGGAGGUAGUUCACUGUAA